GGUGGGCCGCGGGGGUGGGCCCGUGGCAACUGAAGGGCGGGGCCCGGACCGGCUGCGCGGAGGCGGCGGCUGUAGCGAGGUGCGAGGUGCGAGGCGGCGUGCGCGCGACUACGGACUGGAGAGCGGAUGUAAGUCAGAGUAAAGCAGAAAAUGUCCUCUCAACGGACUUCUUGGACAAGUUUGUCCACUAUUCAGAAAAUAGCACUUGGCCUCGGCAUUCCUGCCAGUGCAACAGUUGCCUAUAUUUUGUACCGCAGAUACAGGGAAAGCAGAGAAGAGCGUUUGACGUUUGUUGGGGAAGACGAUAUUGAGAUAGAGAUGCGAGUGCCCCAGGAAUCGGUGAAGCUCAUCAUUGGCAGGCAAGGAGCCAACAUUAAACAGCUGCGGAAGCAGACAGGUGCUCGGAUUGAUGUCGAUACAGAAGAUGUGGGUGAUGAGCGAGUGCUGCUUAUCAGUGGCUUUCCAGUUCAGGUGUGCAAGGCCAAAGCAGCAAUCCAUCAGAUCCUGACAGAGAACACCCCAGUGUCUGAACAGCUCUCGGUUCCCCAGAGAUCUGUGGGCAGGAUCAUAGGGAGAGGUGGCGAGACAAUCCGUUCCAUCUGUAAGGCCUCUGGAGCAAAAAUCACUUGUGACAAAGAAUCAGAGGGAACGUUACUGCUAUCAAGACUUAUCAAAAUCUCAGGGACGCAGAAGGAAGUGGCAGCAGCCAAGCAUCUGAUACUGGAGAAAGUUUCAGAAGAUGAAGAACUUCGGAAAAGAAUUGCUCAUUCUGCAGAAACCAGAGUCCCACGCAAGCAGCCUAUCAGUGUCCGGCGAGAGGAAAUGCCAGAGGCUGGUGGAGCUGGAGAACCAGCUCUUUGGAAAGCCACGGAGCCCAUGUCUGCACCAGCCGGUCCUCCUCACUCCGGAGUCAGUGACAUGGUUGGUGUCGGGCCAGAAGAAGGGUCCUGGGAGAAACCCAAUGAUGACAGCUCUCAAAAGUCUGGUGAUGUCAGUCCAGAGAUGCCCAUGUUUGAAAUUCCCAGUCCCGACUUCAGUUUCCAUGCUGACGAGUUCCUGGAAGUCUAUGUCUCUGCCUCUGAACAUCCUAACCACUUCUGGAUUCAAAUCAUCGGCUCCCGAAGCCUGCAGUUGGAUAAGCUGGUCAAUGAGAUGACGCAGCACUAUAAUCAUAGUCUGCCUGAAGACUUGGUUGUGAACAUCGGUGAUAUUGUAGCUGCACCUUUACCUGCAAAUGGUUCCUGGUAUCGAGCCCGGGUCCUUGGCACCUUGGAAAAUGGAAAUCUGGACCUCUACUUUGUUGACUUUGGAGAUAAUGGAGAUUGCCCGCUGGGGGACCUCAGGGAACUCAGGAGUGACUUCCUAAGCCUUCCAUUUCAAGCAAUAGAGUGUAGCCUGGCUCGGAUCGCCCCCGCAGGUGAGCAGUGGGAAGAAGCAGCCUUAGAUGAGUUUGACAGACUUACUCACUGUGCUGACUGGAAGCCCUUGGUAGCCAAGAUCUCCAGCUACGUCCAAACUGGAGUGUCAACUUGGCCCAAGAUCUACUUAUACGAUACUAGUAGUGGAAAGAAACUUGAUAUUGGGCUGGAAUUGGUUCGUAAAGGAUAUGCAGUUGAGCUUCCUGAAGACGUGGAAGAAAACAGAGCAGUACUGCAGGAAACGACCGGAGAAGCAGACGUGUCUCUUGGCAGCUUGCUUGCAGAGACCAAGAAGGACCCUGGAGAGAUCCCAAAGGCCCUUUCCUGCCUCAGCCUCUCAGAAGCUGCCUCUAUGUCUGGUGAUGAUAAUCCUGAAGAGGACUUAGUCUGAAGAGGACUUCAGCACCUCAGCCAUCUGCUUUGCUCAGGAUGUGGUGCCUACAGAGAGGAGCCUGGGGAGAGAGAUCUGCUCAGUCCUUCUAUUUGCCAGAUUGGGAUUGUGUGACAGAAUGUUUUCUCUUUCGUGGACUUCCAGAAAGUGUGAGCAGGGCAGAGGGAACCACCUGGGCUCCUGGUCUGCUCCCACCCCCUCUCCAGUGUUUGAGCACUGUUACAUUCUUUCCAGGGUGGUUCUCUCUGCCGGGUCUCAGUGCCUGCCACUGCUAGACUCUAAAGAUUUGGCCAUUAGAAAUGAUUUGCAGCCUUUGCCUCUUCAGGUGACUUGGAAAGAGCAGUAUUUGAGUGGUAACUAUUGUUGAGUAAAGGCAAAAGUUCAACAUAAUUAUAUGAAGCCACCUCCAAGAGUAAGAUGACUACUGCCUCCCAGCCUCAGCUGCUGGUGUUAUUGGAGAUGUUUUUAGAAAUGGUGGCUCCAGCUGUUUCCCUGUAAGCUUUGAUUAAAAUACAAGGAGAGAAGUGGCUCAGGAAAUAGAGUCUAAUACUUCUAAUAUGUAUAUACUCAAGAAAAUGAGAACAUGUUACUUUCAGUUAUUUGGGUGGAACCUUUGCUGAAUAAAGUUCUCAAAAUUA